AUGUACUUUGACAGAAUGUUUCCUUCUCUGGACAUGGGCACGAUGCAAGAAAUGCUGGAAAGCGAGCCGCGCUGUUACGCAGCGUCUGAACAGCCCGAGGUUUCUGUCUCAGGGCCUUCCAGCCCGGCCUCUGCUGAAUCAGAGCUCAGCUGCUCCAGCCCGGAAACCAAACCGACACCGGAAACCCGAGUGAGGAGACCUCUGAACGCCUUCAUCAUUUGGACCAAAGAGGAACGCAGACGUCUUGCGCAGCUCAACCCAGAUCUGGAAAACACCGAUCUGAGCAAAAUACUCGGUAAGACCUGGAAAGCCAUGUCUCUGGCAGAAAAACGUCCAUACAUGCAGGAGGCAGAGCGACUCAGGGUCCAACACACUAUCGACCAUCCCAACUACAAGUACCGUCCGCGUCGACGCAAGACCAACAAGCGUGUUGCCAAGAUGACCUCGAAUGAAACCAACGUCUCACCCAACUUCCACCUCAGCUAUAUGCUUCAGAACCAAGCUCUUCAAUAUCCAUACACACACUCACAUGCACUCUCCACCUCAUACACCCACCCUCAUGGGCCUAAUUUUCAGCAUAAUCCUGCCCCAUUACAGAAUGGGCCAACAUUCACAAAUGGAGGGGUAGCAUUUCCAGAUGGAGGAGUGCUUUUGAACUCAUCUUUAGCAAGCCCACCUCAAGCUGUGUACUCAUCAGAAUGCCAGUUCUACUACAGUUCCCAUCAUGCAGUGCAGCAGAGAGGAGAGCAGUGGGAUUGGCGGGGGACAGACGUUUGUGCUUGUGUCCUGUGCUCAGGUGGUCCGUCACUAGAAUUUUACCUAGAACAGGUACAAGUGGACAUGCUUGACCAGCUGGACCGCAGUGAGUUUGACCAGUAUCUCAAUCCCGUCCAGCCUAAAAGCCAUCACUUUCAAUAA